UUUACCAUUUCCCGAUUCCCCAUUCCUAAAUCCUGGGAAAGCAGCAACAUUUUAGCGCUCGGUUGCCUGGAAAAGAGUUGGAUGUCGGCAUGGGAUGUGUGAUUCGAGCCUAAUAAUUGGUUCGGAGCAUCCGGGUCCUGCCCAAAGGUUGGGGGUGCAUUAGCGCCAAUGCCCCCGCAUUACUGACCCGACCCCGCCCAAAGACCAGUUGGACGAACUAAUCGCGUGACAAGCCGCUGAAUCGAAGUUGUUGUAAACCAGGUCACGGGACUAUCGGCCCCGUCUAAAACGAGAAUUAGAGAGGUUUCAUUAAAUCCAACCUCGCAACGUGAUAUAAGCUCAGGUUCGAAAAGUAUGCAGCCGUCGUAGCGGUAACGGGGUAUCGAGAAAGAUAUAUACUGUAUUUCUGUCUGACUACAUGGCUACUGAAUGAAUCCCUGUUGCGCGUCCUUCCUGGCUGCGUCCUGGUGCGGUCGCUUCGUCGUGGACGGUUCUCGGAGGGACUAUUGACCGUGUGGAAUUCGGAUUGUGAAACGGUUAUUCUACAGUGAAAUGACGUUUUGGAUAGGGAAGGUCGUCAUACUAGGCGGCCGAACAAGGUCACGCGGAUGAUGUCGUAAUUGUAUAUUCGAGAGAACUUAACUGUCUCCAUUCAACCCCGUCCUUUUCAACUGUAUACUUUAAUCAAUUAUACUCAGUUAGAAGACAUCUUAAUUUCGAUAUUAAGCAGCAAUGGCGCCAACCGUCCUAGAAUAUUUGCAUGCAUAUAUUCUCCCCGGCCUCCUCAUGGUUAAAAGUGCAGUUUAUUUCCUGCAAGCUGCCAUUACCUCACCAACACUACCAAUUUCAGACUUCAAAGCGUACCGCGACCUUUCCUUCGCCUCAUUCUGGAUUGCAGUCGGUCCGGUAUUUGCAGAUGUGGUUCCACCGAUGUUAGGUGAAAUUCUUGCAACCUCUCACGGCGUCGUCUUGGACAUCGGUCCCGGUUCUGGCGAUCAGGUAUUUCGCUUCUCAAGCAAGGACAACAUUACCAUGAUCUAUGGUGUUGAACCUGGCGUUAACUUACAUCACGCUCUGCGGGAGAACGCAAAGAAGGCUGGACUAGGUGAGAAGUAUAAGGUCCUAUCAUGUGGUGCAGAGCCAGACUCAUUAAUCCCAAUACUCAAAAAAGAGGGUCUAUUUAGCAAGGACGGCAGCAUCGGUGGUGGUAUGUUUGAUGAGAUUGUCUGUAUCCGCGUUCUCUGCAGCGUGCCGAAGCCAAAUGAGACCGUCGAGGUCCUAUACAGGUGCUUGAAACCUGGAGGAAGGUUCGUCAUAUGUGAACAUGUCGUGAAUGAGAGCAACAAAGAAGGAAACAAGGCGGGGAGAUUCUUCCACAAAGAGGGCAGCAAAGUGGGACAUCUGUUACAGUUCUUUUACACUGCGCUUGGUUGGGAGUUUUUUGUUGGGUGUCACCUUCUGAGAGAUACAACAGCAACACUAGUGAACGCUGCGAAAUCAGAUCAUGGAUGGGCUGAGGUGAACUUGGAGUUGUUUGACGAAUGGUCUGUAUUGCCACAUGUUGUUGGAUAUUGCGUUAAGAAGCUUUAAUCACGAG